AUGUUCUCCAAGACUGCAUUUCUAUCCUCCAUCUUCGCCGCUGCGGCUACGGCCCAGCAGGUUGGCACCCUGACCACCGAGACUCAUCCGGCGAUGCCUAUCCAGAGCUGUACUGCAGCUGGAUCGUGCACGACAAUCAACACCGCCGUUACCCUUGAUGCCAACUGGAGAUGGCUGCACACCACCACCGGCUACGACAAUUGUUACACUGGAAAUGCUUGGAACACCACGAUGUGCCCGGAUGGCAAGACCUGUGCCUCCAAGUGCGCACUUGAUGGCGCCGACUAUCCAGGAACAUACGGUGUGACUGCUAGCGGUGGAGAUCUCACGCUCAAAUUCGUAACGAAUGGCCAAUACUCCAAGAACAUCGGCUCGCGUCUGUACCUCAUGGCUUCGGACUCGAAAUAUCAAAUGUUCAAGCUCUUGAACCGAGAGUUCACUUUCGAUGUCGAUGUCUCCAAUUUGCCAUGCGGCUUAAAUGGAGCUCUCUAUCUCAUCGAGAUGGACGAAGAUGGUGGCAUGGCUAAGUACGCUUCUAACAAGGCUGGUGCUAAGUACGGCACUGGGUAUUGCGACACUCAGUGCCCGCAUGACAUCAAAUUCAUCAACGGCGAGGCCAAUGUAGACGGCUGGGUUGGCAGCUCCAACGAUGUCAACGCCGGAUCCGGCAAGUACGGCUCUUGCUGCAACGAAAUGGACAUCUGGGAAGCAAACUCCGUCUCAGCGGCAUACACUCCCCACGUUUGUAGUCAGAAUGGGCAAGUUCGCUGCUCCGGCACCGACUGCGGCGAUGGUGACCAGCGCUAUUCUGGUAUCUGCGACAAGGACGGAUGUGACUUCAACAGCUACCGCAUGGGCGAUACCUCCUUCUAUGGCAAGGGUUUGACUGUCGACACAUCCAAGAAAUUCACCGUUGUCACUCAGUUCAUCACCGCCGACGGCACCGAUACUGGCAAGCUCUCCGAGAUCCGUCGUCUCUAUGUUCAGGGCGGCAAGGUCAUCAAGAACAGCGUCUCCAAGAUCUCCGGUAUCACCGAGACCAACUCCAUUACCGACAAAUUCUGCAACGAGCAAAAGACUACCUUCGGAGAUACCAAUUCCUUCGAAAAGCUCGGUGGUAUGGCAGCCAUGGGUGGCGCCAUCGGUCGUGGAAUGGUUCUUGCGCUCUCCGUCUGGGACGACCACGCGGUCAACAUGCUCUGGCUCGACUCUACCUACCCCACUGACAAGGAUGCCUCCACCCCUGGUGUUGGUCGCGGUACUUGCGCAACUACGUCUGGCGUCCCGUCCGAGAUCGAGGUAUCGGCCGCCAGCUCCAGUGUUACGUACGGACAAAUCAAGAUCGGCAAGAUCGACACCACGUACUCUACUUCCAGCUCUGGUGGCAACACUGGUGGCAACACCGGCGGAAAUACUGGAAACACUGGAACCGUUGCCAAGUACGGUCAGUGUGGUGGAAACGGCUAUACGGGAGCUACGGCCUGUGUUUCUGGAAGCACGUGCACGAAGCUGAACGACUACUACAGCCAGUGCUUGUGA